AUGCCGUACGCUCUUUCCCCCUCCCACAGACAACUGGUCGAAGGCCACUUGAAGGAUGUCGAUCCUGAAGUUGCAUCUAUUAUCCAGGACGAGAUCGAGAGACAGAGACAUUCUAUAGUCCUGAUUGCUUCCGAGAACUUUACUUCUACCGCUGUUUUCGACGCCUUGGGAUCUCCAAUGAGCAACAAGUACUCGGAGGGUUACCCAGGUGCCAGAUAUUACGGAGGAAAUGAGCACAUUGACAGAAUGGAACUUUUGUGCCAAGCCAGAGCUCUGAAGGCUUUCAACCUGGAUGCAGACAAAUGGGGUGUUAACGUGCAAUCUCUUUCUGGCUCGCCAGCCAACUUGCAAGUCUACCAGGCUAUCAUGAAGCCACAUGAGAGACUGAUGGGAUUGGACCUGCCUCAUGGAGGUCAUCUAUCGCACGGCUAUCAAACCGACACAAGAAAGAUUUCUGCUGUUUCCACCUACUUUGAGACCAUGCCAUACAGAGUCAACCUGGACACCGGAAUCAUCGACUACGACAUGCUGGAGAAGACCGCUGUUUUGUACAGACCAAAAGUUCUGGUUGCAGGAACUUCUGCCUACUGCAGGCUGAUUGACUACAAGAGAAUGAGAGAGAUCGCUGACAAGGUUGGAGCCUACCUGGUUGUCGACAUGGCACAUAUUUCUGGUCUUAUUGCUGCUGGUGUGAUUCCAUCGCCUUUUGAGUACGCCGACAUUGUGACCACCACCACCCACAAGUCUCUGAGAGGACCUAGAGGUGCCAUGAUCUUCUUCAGAAAAGGUGUGAGAUCCGUCAAUCCUAAAACUGGAAAGGAGAUUUACUACGACCUGGAGAAUCCUAUCAACUUCUCAGUCUUCCCUGGCCACCAGGGUGGUCCUCACAACCACACCAUCUCUGCUUUGGCUACUGCUUUGAAGCAGGCUGCCACCCCAGAGUACAAGGAGUACCAGUUGCAGGUUCUGAAGAAUGCCAAGACUUUGGAGACCGAGUUCAAAAGACUCGGCUACAAGCUUGUUUCUGACGGAACGGACUCGCACAUGGUUCUGGUCAACCUGAGAGAUAAGGGCAUUGACGGAGCCAGAAUCGAGUCUGUUUGCGAACAGAUCAACAUCGCCUUGAACAAGAACUCCAUCCCAGGCGACAAGUCUGCCUUGGUUCCAGGUGGUGUCAGAAUCGGUGCUCCAGCCAUGACCAGCAGAGGUCUUUCUGAGGAAGACUUUGUCAAGAUCGUUGGAUAUAUCGACAGAGCCAUCAAGAUUGCCAAAAACGUGCAAAGCAGUCUUCCUAUUGAGGCGAACAAGCUGAAAGACUUCAAGGCCAAGAUCGGCCAAGGCUCUGAAGAGAUCUCCGCUUUGAAGCAGGAGAUAUCUGAUUGGGCUGGCCAGUUCCCAUUGUCUGUUUAA